CAACAAUGGAGGAUGCUGUGGUGGGAACUGUGUGUCUGCUGUGUCUUCUCCUCUUUUUGCUGCUCACGGACCUGGAAACGAAGCGUGUGAAAGAGGCGGUGGACAGGGCGAGGAGGAGGGCGGACAGGAGGAGGCUCCGGCGGCUGCUCGUAGUCCGUCUGGUCGCUGAGUUGGAGAGGAUAGAAAUCCGGAGGAGACGAAGGAGAAGAGUGCUGCUGCGGAUCCUCGCCCGGCGCUGUUCACCAUGUGUUUGGACCCACAAGAGAGCCGAUGAGUGGUGGACCACCGUGGUCCCGGGUUUCCGGAACCAACAGUGGAUCCAGAAUUUCCGGAUGUCCAGAGGAACCUUCAAGUACGUCUGCUGCCGCCUGAAGCCGGCGCUGGAGAAGAGCGACACCAACUACCGGCCCUCCGUGCCUCUCGACAAGAGAGUGGCGAUCGCCAUCUGGAAGCUCGCCACCAACGCGGAGUACCGCAGUGCGGCGCAGCUCUUCGGUGUGGGCGUCUCCACCGCCUGCUCCUGCCUGAAGGCGUUCUGCUCGGCGGUAGAGGAGAUCCUGCUGCCCGAGGUCAUCCGGCUGCCGGACACAGAGCAGCAGAGAGAGCUGGCUCUUCUCUUUGAGCAGCGGUUUGGUUUGCCUCACUGUGUUGGUGCUUUAGGAGGCCUACAAGUCCCGAUUUUAGCCCCACGAGAAGACCGCACCAACUAUUUAAACCCUGCAGGGGGGCAUUCUGUGGUGCUCCAGGCUGUGGUUGAUGGUACAGGCUGCUUCUGGAGUGCGUACGCAGGGCAGCCGGGCAGCCUGAGCUACGCUCAUAUUCUGUGUAUGUCAGACCUGUGGGAGCUGGCGGAAACCUGCAAGCUGUUUUCCCAGGAGAAAAGGAACCUGUGUGGGCAGGAGGUGGGCCACUACAUCCUGGGAGAUGAAGCCCACCCGCUCACCGACUGGCUCCUCACGCCCUUCGCCGACGACGGGAGCCUCGGCCCGCGGCAGCUCUGCUAUAACCACAAAACCGGCAGGGCGAAGGCCGUGGUGGGGGAGGCCUUCUGCAGGCUCAGAGGGAGGUGGAGGUGUCUGCAGGAGCGCAACGACUGCAGCCCGGACAGGGUCACCUCCAUGAUACUGACCUGCUGCGUGCUGCAUAACCUGUGUGAGCGCCGCAGGGAGCCGUACCAAGAGGAAUGGGAGGCAGCACCGCCUCCCUCAGAGCAGGACAACCUGCUGGCUCCUACACCGCCCCCUGCAGGACAGACUGAAGGAGCAGUGCACCCUGAAGGAAGGACUGAACUAGCAGCGCCCCCUGCAGGACUGACUGAAGGAGCAGCCCUGAGGGAAGCCUUAAUGCAUUAUCUUAGCAACUAGCAUGGGACGAGGUCACCACACACAAAUCCAGAAACAGUGACACCAUUUGGAAGCUGUUUGACAAAUCUGAGUGGCUGAAAGUGAUCGCUGUCGCUCAGCUGAAAACCCUGAAAGAAACAAUAUUCUUGCAUCUUUACCAUCUUAAAUUUAGCACUCCACGAACAGGAAAAAAACCUCUAAGGCAGCCAACUUUCCGUCUGUGGUGGUAUUCACAUUGCGCUGAGUACUCUGGGCCACCGUACACUGAUAUUGAAUCAUACCUCUUUCAAAAAAUAAACACCAUGUGUUUUUUUUUAUUACAUGUAACAUGUAAGUCCUAA